UUGUGUCCCAUACAUGGAGACAAAAAAGGCAGCAGUGAACACAAGGUCUGCUCUCUGCUCUCUGCUCUCUGCUCUCUGCUCUCUGCUCUCUGCUCUCUGCUCUCUGCUCUCUGCUCUCUGCUCUCUGCUCUCUGCUCUCUGCUCUCUGCUCUCUGCCCAACAGGAUUAUCUAACUGCUGCGUUCAGAUAGAAAGAGAAUCUGUAGGCAUGAAUAGGGUAAGAAGAGUGUUGUAGCCUGUUAGUACUGGCAGCCCCUAACAGUGAUGGACAACAGGAGGACAGAUGCUAACCUGGACCUGGCUGGUUACUGCGCUCCUCUGACAGAACUACUCUCCUCCUAACUGAGACCAGCUCCACAGAAUGCUGAGCCCCAUUGCCCCCUAUAGCCUGUAUAAGAUGCACUGGAACCCGGAGCAUGCCCAGUCCCUCAGUCAGUCCCUCAGCCAGUCCCUCAGCCAGUGGCCUGAGCAGCACCUGGAUGUGUCCUCCACCACCUCCUCACCGGCACACAAGUCUGAGCUUUACACCGCUGGCCACGCCCACGGCCGAGGUGGCUACGCCUGGGCCAAUGAUGACAUCUCAGCCCUCACCGCCUCCAACCUGCUGAAGAGCUAUGCAGAGAAGUACUGUGAUGUUCUAGACUCGCCAUAUGAUCGUCCACCGGGGCCCGGUGUCGGGACCUACCCAGAGCCAGGGGCUUUCGGGGGCCUUAUUGGCCUCAAGACUGAGCUGGAACCCUGGCCCCUGAGCCACAGUGCAGAGGGGCUCUACCCCGGGUCCCUGGAUGGUCUGUCAGGCCCGAAGGCCGGGGCCAGAUCAGCAGGGCCCCCAGGGGCCAGCAAUAUGUCGGGGGUCAACAGUAACCUCUCAGAGUCUUGUUAUAGUGGUAGCAGCUCCUCCUCUGGCUCUCACUCAGGUGACUACAACCGCCCCAGCUACAACGGUACCUACGUCUCGCCUGGCUACUGCCCCCAGCCCCCUUCAGCACUCCCCCGUGCCUCCCUCCAACACCCCCUCCAGCCCACACCCACCCUGUUGCCCAGCUACUCCCUCUCCACCUCGGUCUACAACUACCCCCCCAGCAGCUACCCCCACCAGCCCGGCCUGGGCCCCACCUACAGCCACCCCUCUGCAGGGUACUUACCCCCGGGGCUGGCCACCCCCACUCCCCUCCCGUCUCGGCCCACCGUGGUCGGGGGUAGCUACGGCUACCAGGAAUCCGGAGGUGGGUUGAAGAGGAAGGCGUUUGAAAUGUCAUUAGACGAGGAGGAGGAUGGUUCUAGAUACAGUAAGUAUACAGGCUACGACCCAGUGAAGCCUGGAGGAGGGGACUCUCUCUCUCCCUACAGAGUGGGAGAUAAAGAAAACAGUGGCUUCACCACGGGCAGUACAGAUCCCCAGGCCUUCAAGCCCAGUAAGCCCUCUUCCCAGCCCCUCGUGUCUCCUCCAUACAGGGUGGCUUUAGCAGGGGACUACAGCCCACCAGCAGGGAUGACUGGGGAGAACGUAGGAGGAGGAGGAGGGUCAGAGAACCAGGGGUUCACCCAGCAGCAGCACCACUCCUCCCUGGUCCACAACAAUAAACUCCCCUCCCUGCAUGGCCAGGACCAGCCUGGGUCUGGACCAGGGGAGUCGGGCAGCCUGAAGAGCCCAGACCCCAGGCUUCUGGAUCUAGUCAACGGGGAGUUGCUGGACUGUAGCCCGGCCCUGCUAUGGGGGGAGCUGGCUGGGCUGACCCACGUCAAGGCUGCCCUGGAGGAGGAGCUGCUGUGGCCCUGUCUUAGGCCCAGCCCCGCUGUCCGCCCCCCAGCCACCGUUCUGUUAUUCGGCCCCCGAGGAGGUGGGAAGACCACCCUAGCACGCUCCAUGGCCUCCCAGCUUGGGGCCUCCUUCUAUAGGCUCAGUGGGGCCAUGUUAGCCUCUAAAGGCAAGGCUGAGGCUGAGGGGAUCCUGGGGGCCACACUGCAGGUGGCGGGGUUGAGGCAGCCCUCCGUGGUGCUGCUCAGUGAGGUGGAGGCUAUGGAGAAGGAGGAGGGAUUGAGGCAGGUGUUGCUAUCUGCCCUGGAGAAGGCCCAGAUGGAGUUAGGGUCGGCGGGAGGAGCCCCUGGGCUGGUGAUCAUGGUGUGUGCCACCGGUAGGCCAGAUCUGCUCCAGGAUGCUGUGCAUCGGAGCUUCGCCAAGCGCUACCACGUGGGCCUGCCAGAUGCUUUUUACAGAAAGUCGAGUUGAGUGCAACGUGCAUCUCCAGUUAGUUAGGAUUCCAUCCAAAGAUCUUGGUUAUUCGUGAUCCAAGACAUAAAUCAGCAAUGUGUUGUCAAGGUGACAUGGUCCAAGGAAAUGGAUAAUCAGGGUCCUGUUCAUGAGGCACCAAACAAAAUAAAACAUACAGAAACAGGGAAGGAACAAGCUGGAUUUGUCCAUUAAGAAAAAUGUAUUUUCGAUUUCCGUUGCAAAACAGACUGAAUAGGGCCAGGACUUCCUAGACUCGUCCAACAUAGAACACACAUUUUUGUUUUCAUUUGCAAAACUUUUUUAAACGUUUGCCCUAAUGAACAGGACCCAGGGUUGAUUUGGGAGAACCCCCUGUUGACUGACUGCUACUCUCAGGACUUUAUUCAUUACAGUCCUCCCCUGUGGUGUUUUAGAUGUGAUUACCUUAUUCAUUACCAGUCCUCUACUGUGAUGUUUUAGAUGUCAUUACUUUAUUCAUUACAGUCCUCCCCUGUGGUGUUUUAGAUGUCAUUACCUUAUUCAAUACCAGUCCUCUACUGUGGUGUUUUAGAUGUCCUUACCUUAUUCAUUACCAGUCCUCUCCUGUGGUGUUUUAGAU